GUGCCCCAACUGCGUAGGGGCGGGGAAGAGGAAACUGGGCGGAAGCUGCCGCGCUUCUCCCUGACCCCCUGAAGUGCCUGAGGCCAAGUCCGAGAGCUCGGAGAAUCGCGUCGGGUGCUCGCGGAGCUUCUGCCCAAGUCCUCGAGGAAUUUCGACCUGCUGGGCCUGGGGGGAGGGGGAGGUCAUUGGCUCUUACGGGCCCAGGCCUUCCCAGAUCCCAGAAGGCCCCGUCAAAAUGCCAGCAUCACAAUCGGAUAGACGAAUCCCCGGGCUUUUCCGAUUCUGUUCCUCAGCAGCAAGUGCCUCACACUUUGCAACAAGCAUGUUCACUUCAGGUGCUUCUCUGUUUACGUAAAAAUAAUUAGCGAUGGAAACCGGCCUACAGAGGGAUUCAUCCUGGUAUUCUAACCUGUGGUAUUCCGGUGAUGCAGCCAAAAUGUGGAUGCUUAUCUAUUGAAUACCAAUACAGUGCCUUAUUACAGCAAACCAAACCAGUCACUGUCCUUCAGAUUAUAGUCCUGCAGUGAAGAAGAUAUGUCUUCCAAUGGAAAGAAUACUGAGCACACAAACCCUGUACUGAGAAUAAGUCAGCUGGAUGCCCUGGAACUAAACAAAGCCCUGGAACAAUUAGUUUGGUCCCAGUUUACUCAUUGUUUUCAUGGAUUUAAGCCAGGGCUCUUAGCCCGGUUUGAACCUGAGGUAAAAGCACUUUUGUGGCUUUUCUUAUGGAGAUUCACCAUUUACUCCAAGAAUGCCACUGUGGGACAGUCAAUUAUGAAUAUCCAGUACAAGAAUGAUUUUUCUCAAACUCAGAAAUAUCAGCCACUAAGUAAAAAUCAAAAGUUAUGGUAUGCUAUUUGCACAGUUGGAGGAAGGUGGUUAGAAGAAAGAUGUUAUGAUUUAUUCCGUAACCAUCAUUUAGCAUCAUUUUAUAAAAUCAAACAGUGUACUAAUUUUAUUGUUGGACUUUUGAAAUUAGGUAGUUUGGUUAAUUUCCUGAUUUUCCUUCAAAAAGGAAAGUUUGCUACGUUGACAGAGCGUCUCUUAGGUAUUCGAUCUGUAUUUUGCAAACCCCAAAACAUUCGAGAAGUUGGCUUUGAGUACAUGAACAGGGAACUUUUGUGGCAUGGUUUUGCAGAAUUUCUGAUCUUUCUGUUGCCACUUAUUAAUAUGCAAAAGUUGAAAGCCAAAUUGUCAUCUUGGUGUAUCCCCAUUACAGGUGUUCCUAACAAUGAUGAUACAUUAGCCACCCAUGGCAAAGAAUGUUCCCUUUGUGGAGAGUGGCCCACUAUGCCUCAUACCAUAGGUUGUGUACAUGUGUUUUGUUAUUAUUGUGUUAAAAGCAGCCACUUGUUUGACAUGUACUUCACUUGUCCUAAAUGUGGAGCAGAGGUGCAGAGUCUGCAGCCACUGAAGUCAGGGAUUGAAAUGUCAGAGGUGAAUGCUUCUUAGAAACAGAAUCCACCUUCUUUAAGCAAAAUAGGUAAUACUUAGGAACUAUUUCAAAUCUCUCUAAAGACAUGAUUAAGACACUAAUUCCUGGAAGCUGUAUUAUAUUAAAUCUAUUAUGUAAAUUCUACUAUAUCUCAAAAAUAAAAGUAUCAUCAGUGUGAACUUAACCAAUUUUUAGAUUUUUUAAAAAACAAUUCCAUUUGAGCUAAGGAUUUGUUUUUGGCUUAUGCUCAAAGUUUUAAUGGCUACCUGCUUACUUUCCUGAAUAACAAUUAGUAAGAAUGUUGUUUCCUGCAAAGAAGUUGAGCUAUAAAAUACUAUUUUAAUUAUUUUACCCUAUUAGCAUGUAGAUGACUGAUAUUUUUGGGUCACAAAGUCAUAUUUAGAGAUGGAUAGAACUUUAAGCAACCCCAGGAAAAUUAAGUGACUUGCCUAAAGUCACAUAGCCAGUACAUAUCAGAAGAGGUAUUUGAACCAGGUCCUGUGACUCCAAAACUAGUUCUCUUUUUGCUACAUCACACUGCCUCAGAUCUUCUCAUCUGAUCUCCUCAUUUGUAGAGAUAAGGAAACUAAAGGCCCAGAGAGCUUCACUGGCUUAUCCUAGGUGACUAAAGUAAGUAAGUAGUUUGUAGUGAGUGAUACCUAGGAUUUGAACCCAGCUGCUCUAAUUCCAAAUUCCAUGCCCUUUCUAUUUUACCAUUGGUUGUCAUAGAUUACUCAUGCUAAAUAUUUUUGGGCUGUUUAUAUUAUUUUAAAGUCAUGGUAUAUUAGAGGCAAUUUCCAUAAUACAUUUGAAAAAUCACUUAACUUGGAGAAAGAAGAGAUUGUGUUCAUAUUGUAUCUAGUUGUGUAACCACAAAUUAUUUAACCUUUUGAGCCUCAGUUUCCUCAUCUAUAAAAUGGAGUAAUGCCUCUAGUACUUACCUUAUAGGAUUAUUACGAAGCUGUGUGUGUGUGUGUAUGUGUGUUUGUGUGUAUAUAUAUGUAUAUAUUUAUAUAUGUAUAAAUAUAUACAUAUACACACACAUAUGUAUAGUGCUUUUGCAAACUUUAAAGUUCUAUAUAAAGUUAGAUGCCUUUACUAUUAUUCCUCAUAACCAGACUUAAGCGACAUCUGAAAUCGCUUCUGUCAUGUUUCAUACCUUUUUUUUUUCUCUCACACUUGCCUGAUGAUGUAAAAAUAGUUUAGAAAUGAAGAUUAACUACAUCUUUAGAUUUGUGAUCUCCGGAAUUUUUUUUAUCAUGUACCUCUAUCGGUAAAUUAGUUUUCAAUGUAUGCCUUUAAUAUGCGUAUAUUUGCUUAGAAAAUCAUAUGUAAACUUACACAAAAAUAGAUCUUUUAAAAGUUGUACAAAAACAAAAAAAUGAAAAAAUUUGAUUUGUGAACAGUAAAAGCAAUCUCCUUUUCCCAAAUUAUUAAUGAUUGUUACUGAUAUUUUAGUAGACAGUAUGAUGGAAUAGCCUUCAUUUUUAAAAUUUUUGGCUUAUUUUGUGAUAGUGAUUCAGAAGUCUUAGUUCCAAUUUUAGUUUAUUUCACUACUUGGUUUUAAUGGCUGUCAUAGCUGAAAAAAAUACCUCACAAGAUAUAUAUCUAUAUGGAAGAAGUAGACUAUUGACUUAGAAAAUCAUAAUACUCAUUUGUUGAUCCCAUCCACUAGUUAUGUAAUAGUUCUUAUUAAAAUUCAGCUAAUAAUCUUC